CGUGGCAGUGGGACUGUGGGACUGAUCGAGCAACGGCCAUGGAGAUAUAGAUAGCUGUCACAAUUUCCGAUUGGAUGAUUGCGGAUUGAGUUUUUUAGCGGCGACACGUUGAGGUCUUGAGGAUCGAUUGAAUGGGGUCAGAAUGUCGUCUUUGCAACAGGGGGCCUCAUCUUUCGGUAGGAUUGACCCCAAUUUUCAUGCAAAACUGGCGCUGGGGCGGGUGGCUCAAAUCCCAGGGUGCUGUCUUUACUGCGACAAAUGUCUUCGAGAAAUCAGCAACAAUUGCAUGAGAUUUGCAAGUGAAUUCGACAAGCUACAGAAUCUCCCUGUGAUUGACGCUGGUGCUUCGAUUCUGGCUGCCUUGAAUCGCAUGGAGGGCACUUUGAACUCGAGAUUCGAUGCCUUGGAGGCGAGAUUCGAUGCGAGGUUCGAUGCCUUGGAGACUAGACAACUUGCUUCUGAACAAAACGCUAUUUCCCGCAUUCAAAACUCCUACUUGGAAUCUCCGAACUCUCCUCUUGCGCCGUUUCACAAUGUCCAAACGAAUACUGUCAUUCCCAAUUUUCCAUCAACAACACAUGACCUUGGACGAUUGAACGCUGGUCAGCUCGAUACGAUUCUCGAACCGCUGGGGCUCAGUAUAGGAGGGAACACAAGUCAAAAGAGAGAGAGGUUGAGAGUCUACAUGGGCCUAAGGAGAGCAGCGGUUUAGCGAGGGUUGAUUUUCAACCCAGUAGUGUUGCAUCACUUGGCGCUAAGGUGGAAUAUUGUUGUUCGCACAUUGGUAAGGCUUUUCGAAGUCCAUUCGUUGCAGUUGCGUGUAUAAUAUUCAGUACGUCAAGUGCCUUCGAAAGAUCCUAGGGGCUUAUAAACGGACACCGAUCGCCGCGCUUGAGAGAGAGGCGGGCGUUCCCCCAAUCGAAGUCUACGUCCAAGAACGGGCCGCUCAAAGAGCAGCAUCGACGAACUCCCAUAAGGCCACUACCCAGAUUGAAGGAGCCCUAACGCAAGUCUGGGAUGCUGCUUCUGCUCCCCCGAGACUGU